AUGUCCGUCGCCUCUGACUCAUUCUCUGAGGAGGAGCGCAGUUUAUUCCGUCCAUUCACACGCGAGUCACUUGCAGCUAUCGAGGCUAGAAUCGCUGAAGAAUAUGCCAAACAGAAGGAACUCGAAAAGAAAAGAGCUGAGGGAGAGACCGGUUUUGGACGCAGGAAAAAGAAAAAAGAAAUUCGGUAUGAGGACGAGGACGAAGAUGAAGGUCCCCAACCCGAUGCGACUCUGGAGCAGGGUCUCCCUAUUCCGGUACGGCUCCAAGGCAGUUUUCCUCCUGAACUGGCCAGUACACCACUUGAGGACAUCGAUCCAUUUUACCACAAUCAAACGACUUUCGUAGUUGUAAGUAAAGGCAAGGACAUUUUUCGGUUUAGUGCAACAAACGCCCUUUGGAUUCUUGAUCCAUUCAACCCAAUCCGGCGAGUGGCCAUCUACAUUCUCGUUCAUCCGUUAUUUUCACUUUUUAUCAUUACCACUAUCCUUGUCAACUGUAUCCUAAUGAUAAUGCCUACUACUCCCACCGUAGAAUCAACGGAAGUAAUAUUUACGGGCAUCUACACGUUUGAAUCAGCUGUGAAGGUGAUGGCGAGAGGUUUUAUACUUCAACCGUUCACCUACCUUAGAGAUGCAUGGAACUGGCUCGACUUCGUAGUCAUAGCUUUAGCUUAUGUUACAAUGGGAAUAGAUCUUGGAAAUCUAGCUGCCUUACGAACGUUCAGGGUACUACGAGCCCUCAAAACUGUCGCCAUUGUACCAGGUUUGAAAACCAUCGUCGGAGCUGUAAUAGAAUCCGUGAAAAAUCUACGAGAUGUGAUAAUUUUAACUAUGUUUUCCCUAUCCGUAUUUGCUCUAAUGGGUUUACAAAUUUACAUGGGAGUACUAACUCAAAAAUGCGUCAAAAACUUUCCAAACGAUGGCUCUUGGGGAAAUCUUUCUGAUGAAAACUGGGAAAGAUUUAUGACUAACGAUACAAACUGGUAUGUAGAUGAAACCGGCGACUAUCCGCUGUGUGGGAAUUCUUCAGGAGCUGGCCAAUGCAAACCCGGUUACACCUGUUUGCAAGGCUACGGAGAUAAUCCAAAUUAUGGCUACACUAGUUUCGAUACUUUCGGGUGGGCCUUUCUUUCUGCGUUUAGAUUAAUGACUCAAGACUACUGGGAGAACCUCUAUCAGUUGGUUUUGCGAUCCGCAGGUCCAUGGCAUAUGUUAUUUUUUAUUGUUAUUAUAUUUUUGGGAUCAUUUUAUUUGGUUAAUUUAAUCUUAGCUAUCGUUGCGAUGUCUUAUGACGAACUACAGAAGAAGGCCGAAGAGGAAGAAGCAGCUGAAGAAGAAGCAAUCAGGGAAGCGGAGAAGGCUGCGCAAGCAAAGCAGGACAGAGCAGAUGCACGUGCAGCGGCAGCUGAGGAAGCUAGAGAAGCUAGAGAAGCGGCACUACAUGCCGAAAACUGUCCAGAUAUUGUAAAGUCCCCAUCCGAUUUUUCCUGCCACAGUUACGAACUCUUCGUCGGGCAAGCCAAAGGUCACGAUGACAACAAUAAAGAGAAGAUGAGCAUACGUUCGGAAGGAUUAGAUUCAGUGAGUGAGCAGAGAAGAAUACCUACUAAUCCCACCAAGAUGCGGAAAGUUAGCGCUGCCAGCCUCAGCUUGCCUGGUUCGCCAUUCAAUCCUCGGCGGGGUUCUAGAGGGAGCCAUCAAUUCACUUGUAUGCGCAGUAACAGACGCAUGAUUCCAAAUCCGGGUGACCGCAAACCAUUAGUUUUGUCCACCUAUUUGGAUGCUCAAGAACAUUUACCUUACGCCGAUGAUUCCAAUGCAGUAACACCAAUGAGUGAAGAGAACGGAGCUAUGGUUGUCCCUAUUUAUUAUGCCAAUUUAGGUUCACGUCAUUCAUCAUACACUUCCCACGCCUCAAGAAUAUCGUACACCUCUCACGGAGAUUUACUCUGUGGUUUGGGUGGAAAUGGUAAAGUUUUGACAAAAGAGAGCCAGUUAAGAAAUAGAUCGUUGAGAUCUGGUCCACCACCUGCUGCAACAGCUACAAAUACGCCGAAUAAUUAUACCGAGUACAACCAUAGAGCACACAGAGGAGAUUAUGAUGGACCAACAGGACAACUAUGUGAGGGAAAACUAAAGCAUUUAGACAAUCCAUUUAUUGAUGAAAGACAAACUGUAGUGGAUAUGAAAGAUGUAAUGGUUCUGAACGACAUAAUUGAACAAGCUGCGGGCAGACAGAGUAGAGCAAGUGAGCACGGAGUUUCUGUUUAUUAUUUCUCAGCCCAAAAUGAUGAGGAGGAAGAAGAGCCAACUCUCAAAGAAAGAUUUAUAGCAUUUACUAUGAGAGUCAUUGACAUAUUUUGCGUAUGGGAUUGUUGUGCUACCUGGUUGGCUUUUCAGAAGUUUAUCAUUCUUGUCGUCUUUGACCCAUUCGUCGAGCUCUUCAUCACCCUCUGUAUUGUAGUCAACACACUCUUUAUGGCUUUGGAUCACCACGACAUGGACAGAGAUCUUGAGAAAGCUCUCAAAAGCGGCAACUACUUUUUCACCGCAACUUUCAUGAUAGAAGCAACCAUGAAGCUGAUAGCCAUGAGUCCGAAAUAUUACUUUCAAGAAGGGUGGAAUAUUUUUGAUUUCAUCAUCGUAGCCUUAUCGUUACUGGAACUGGGCCUUGAAGGGGUCCAAGGCUUAUCCGUGUUACGAUCUUUUCGAUUGCUAAGAGUGUUCAAACUGGCCAAGUCAUGGCCAACUUUAAAUUUACUUAUUUCAAUAAUGGGUAGAACUAUGGGUGCUUUAGGUAACCUGACCUUUGUGCUGUGCAUUAUAAUAUUUAUAUUUGCUGUUAUGGGUAUGCAGUUAUUUGGAAAAAAUUAUACAGAUAAUGUAGAUAGGUUUCCAGACCACGAACUUCCUAGAUGGAAUUUUACAGAUUUUAUGCAUUCAUUUAUGAUAGUAUUCCGUGUGCUGUGUGGAGAAUGGAUCGAAUCAAUGUGGGACUGUAUGCUAGUCGGUGAUGUUUCCUGUAUACCAUUUUUCCUAGCCACUGUUGUCAUUGGUAAUUUUGUGGUACUGAAUCUCUUCUUGGCUUUGCUUUUGAGCAACUUUGGUUCAUCGAGUUUAUCGGCGCCCACUGCUGAUAACGACACAAACAAAAUAGCCGAAGCAUUUGAUCGGAUCGGUCGUUUCAUCAAAUGGAUCAAGGCUGGCGUGGCAGAUAUCGCUAAGUUGAUUAGAUUUAAAUUAACUAACCAAAUUUCCGACCAGCCGUCAGAUCCUCGCGACGGAGGCCUAGACAUUCCUGGCGAUGAAAUAUUAGCCGAUGGUAUGAUAUUCAAAGAUAAGAAAAGUCCAAAAGAUAGAUUAGAAGUAACUAUAGGUGAUGGUAUGGAAUUUACAAUACAUGGUGACUCAAAAACAAAUAUUAAAAGGGCCAAAAAUGCCAUUAGCAAGAAUAAAAUAGGAAAUUCUAUUUUAGAACACGGAGAUUUUCUCGGACAUUUAGAUGAUGAUGAAAUUAGUAACAAGUCUUAUGGCAGUCAUAAACAUAGGUUUAAAGAUGAAAGUCACAAAGGCAGUGUCGACGUAUUAGAUGAACAAGAAGAAAAACGAGAUGCUAGCAAAGAAGAAUUAGGAAUUGAUGAAGAAUUGGAAGACGAAUGUGAUUGUCAAGGACCAUUAGAUGAAGAUCUGAUCAUAGAUGCGGCUACAGAAGAUAUCAUAAUCGACGAAUACUCGGCAGAUUGUUUCCCUGAGAAAUGCUAUAAGAAAUUCCCAUUCCUUGCUGGAGAUGAAGAUUCGCCUUUCUGGCAAGGUUGGGGCAAUCUUCGUUACAAAACGUUCCAACUCAUAGAAAAUAAAUACUUUGAGACAGCAGUCAUCACUAUGAUAUUGCUCAGUAGCUUAGCUCUAGCUCUCGAAGAUGUCCAUCUUUCUCAAAGACCAGUCUUACAGGAUAUAUUGUACUACAUGGACAGAAUAUUUACUGUCAUUUUCUUCUUUGAGAUGUUGAUCAAGUGGUUAGCUAUGGGUUUCCAAAAAUAUUUCACAAAUGCCUGGUGUUGGCUCGAUUUUCUUAUUGUAAUGGUAUCUCUAAUCAACUUUGUCGCUUCUUUGGUAGGAGCUGGUGGCAUUCAAGCUUUCAAGACUAUGAGAACGCUGAGAGCUCUUCGACCAUUGCGUGCGAUGUCUCGUAUGCAGGGUAUGAGGGUAGUAGUAAAUGCAUUGGUUCAGGCUAUACCAUCCAUCUUCAAUGUACUGCUAGUGUGCUUAAUAUUUUGGUUGAUAUUUGCUAUUAUGGGUGUACAAUUAUUCGCGGGCAAAUAUUAUAAGUGUGUGGAUAGUAAUAAGACAACACUAAGUUUCGAAAUAAUCCCUGAUGUAAAUGCUUGCAAAGCUGAAAACUACACUUGGGAAAAUUCACCGAUGAAUUUCGACCACGUCGGUAAAGCAUAUCUAUGUCUAUUUCAAGUAGCGACAUUCAAAGGGUGGAUCCAAAUCAUGAACGACGCCAUUGACUCCAGAGAGAUGUACAAGCAGCCUAUUAGAGAAACGAAUAUCUAUAUGUAUCUCUAUUUUGUAUUCUUCAUUAUCUUUGGAUCUUUCUUCACUCUCAAUCUGUUCAUUGGAGUUAUUAUUGAUAACUUUAAUGAACAAAAGAAGAAGAUAAGAGGAUCUCUAGAAAUGUUCAUGACUGAAGACCAGAAGAAAUAUUACAACGCGAUGAAGAAAAUGGGAUCCAAGAAACCUAUGAAAGCUAUCCCUAGACCGAGGUGGAGACCUCAAGCCAUCGUCUUUGAAAUAGUUACGAACAAGAAGUUCGACAUGUUCAUCAUGUUGUUUAUAGGUUUAAACAUGUUAACAAUGACAAUGGACCACUACAAACAGAAAGAGACUUUUACUAAAGUUUUGGACUCCCUAAAUAUGAUUUUCAUAGUUAUAUUUAGUACCGAGUGCCUCAUGAAAAUGUUUGCUUUGCGUUAUCACUAUUUUACGGAACCUUGGAAUCUUUUCGAUUUAGUGGUUGUUAUAUUAUCAAUUUUGGGAUUGGUGCUCAGUGAUAUUAUUGAAAAAUACUUUGUGUCACCGACUUUGUUAAGAGUUGUUCGAGUCGCGAAAGUCGGCAGAGUUCUGCGAUUGGUCAAGGGAGCAAAAGGGAUCCGCACACUGCUUUUCGCACUUGCCAUGUCACUGCCUGCCCUUUUCAACAUCUGUUUACUACUAUUUUUGGUCAUGUUCAUCUUCGCUAUCUUCGGCAUGUCGUUCUUCAUGCACGUCAAGAACAAAAGUGGUCUCGACGAUGUUUACAACUUCAAAACCUUUGGACAGUCCAUGAUUCUUCUAUUUCAGAUGUCCACUUCAGCGGGUUGGGAUGGCGUCUUAGAUGGAAUUAUAAAUGAGGAUAACUGCAAGCAACCAGACAACGAAAUAGGAGAAACGGGUAAUUGUGGUAAUUCCACAAUAGGCAUAGCUUUCCUACUGAGCUAUCUCGUAAUAUCAUUUCUCAUAGUCAUAAACAUGUACAUUGCCGUUAUUUUGGAGAACUACUCUCAAGCGACUGAAGAUGUUCAAGAAGGUUUAACGGACGAUGAUUAUGAUAUGUACUACGAGAUCUGGCAGCAAUUUGAUCCAGAUGGAACACAGUAUAUAAGAUACGAUCAGCUUUCUGAUUUCUUAGACGUAUUGGAACCUCCACUGCAGAUACACAAACCAAAUAAAUACAAAAUAGUUUCAAUGGAUAUUCCAAUUUGCAAGGGUGAUCUCAUGUUUUGUGUAGAUAUAUUAGAUGCUCUUACCAAAGACUUUUUCGCUCGAAAGGGUAACGCUAUUGAAGAAACUGCUGAGCUGGCCGAAGUGCAAGGUAGGCCAAACGAAGUCGGUUACGAACCAGUCAGUUCAACACUUUGGCGGCAAAGGGAAGAAUAUUGUGCUCGGUUGAUCCAAAACGCGUGGAGAAAGCACAAAAGGAAUCGAGGUGGUGCCACCGAUCAAUCCGGCGACGAGGGUGAUCUCGACGGUGAUGGGGAGCUCGAAGCUCGACAGACAGCAGUCUUGGUGGAAAGAAACGGGCACAAAGUAGUGAUACACAGUCGAACACCCAGCAUCAGUUCACGAACUGCGGACGUAUGA